AUAAUUGAAUUUGUGUUUUUGUGUUGUUGAUAUCGAAAAAUAUUUCAAUACUACACAGAUUAUUCUGUAAAUUUUUGAAUUAAAACCGAUCGCAAAAAUAAUCAUGAAUGUAUUUUCCCUCAUAACUACGUUUUCCACAUUAUUUUUACUUGGCAGCUGUUCGAUUUAUCACAAUCUGAAGUAUUUUGAGACAAUACAUGCCUCAAAACUUACGCACCAUAUUGUUAAGCGAGGUGCGAAGCUGUCCAAUCAUCCGUUUAAUACAAUCAAAGAGGUUCAUUUCAAGACUUUGGGAAAGGACUUCAGAUUGAUCCUCCACCCUCAUAGUUCAGUGCUACAUUCCAAUUUCAAAGCCUAUGCUGUGGACGGUGAUGGCAAGGAGACUACUGUUCAUGUUGAUCGAGAAAACUUCUACACAGGCCGGGUAUUUGGUGAAAAGGCUUCCGAUGUAAAGUUGCACAUGGAAGAUGGUCUCAUUACAGGAAUAAUUCACACUCCUGAUGAAACAUAUCAUAUUGAGCCUUCAUGGAGACACCUGCCACAUAUUGAUGACAAGACCAUGAUCACGUACCGGUCUUCGGACAUUCACUUCAGCUGGAAAGCUGCUGAAGAAGCCAAGGGAACUAAGCCUCGAGUCUGUGGCUACAUCAAAGAAGGAAAAGAAUUGGAAGAUGAUGACGAUGAAGAAGAAGUGUCUGUCAUAGAAUCGGAACAUGAACAGUCUGAAAAAGACAAAUAUUUGGAAGAGAAUACACAUUUUGAUAAUGCCACAGAUUUGAACCAAAGCAAUAAGAAACGGGUCAAAAGGCAGAGCGACUAUGAAUAUACACCUACUAAAACUAGGUGCCCAUUGCUUCUUGUGGCAGAUUAUAGAUUUUUUCAAGAAAUGGGUGCAAGCAAUACUAAGACAACUAUUAGCUAUUUGAUUAGCCUUAUUGAUCGUGUUCACAAAAUAUACAAUGAUACCCUUUGGCAAGAUAGGCAGGAUAUGGAUGGCUUCAAAGGCAUGGGUUUUGUUAUAAAGAAGAUCCUGGUUCAUUCAGAACCAACGCGUGUGCGCGGUGGUGAGGCUCACUACAACAUGGUACGAGAAAAGUGGGAUGUUCGUAAUCUGCUUGAGGUGUUCAGUCGUGAGUAUUCUCACAAGGAUUUCUGCCUGGCUCACCUGUUCACGGAUUUGAAGUUCGAAGGUGGUAUACUUGGGCUAGCGUAUGUAGGGUCACCACGUCGGAACUCCGUUGGUGGAAUUUGUACACCAGAAUACUUCAAGAACGGCUACACUCUGUACCUGAACUCUGGUCUGAGUUCGUCUCGCAACCACUAUGGUCAGCGCGUGAUCACCCGUGAAGCUGACCUGGUGACUGCGCACGAGUUCGGCCACAACUGGGGCUCGGAACACGACCCCGAUGUGGCCGAGUGCUCGCCCGCCGCCAGCCAGGGCGGGUCGUAUCUUAUGUAUACUUAUAGUGUCAGCGGGUAUGAUGUUAAUAAUAAGCGAUUCUCACCUUGUAGUCUUCGGUCGAUCCGUAAAGUUCUGCAGGCUAAGUCUGGUCGCUGCUUCUCUGAGCCUGAAGAAAGCUUCUGUGGAAACCUGCGCGUUGAAGGCGGCGAGGAGUGUGACGCUGGCUUGCUAGGUACCGAGGAUAAUGACAUGUGCUGUGACAAAAAUUGUAAGCUUAGGAAAAAUCAAGGGGCAGUUUGCAGUGAUAAGAACUCUCCGUGUUGUGCGGGGUGCGUGUUUGCUCCGCCGGGCGUGGUGUGUCGCGAGGCGGCGCACUCGGCUUGCGAGGGCGAAGCCACCUGCAAUGGCGCCUCUGCUGAUUGCCCCAAGGCACCGGCAAUAGCAGAUGAGCAUGAGUGCGCGGAGCGAGGUCGAUGUCGGAAUGGCACUUGUGUGCCCUACUGCGAGACGCAGGGAAUGCAUAGCUGCAUGUGUGAUAUUGUUGCCGAUGCAUGUAAGCGCUGCUGUCGCAAGAGUCUGAACAAGACUUGCUUCCCGGUGGCGCAUAAUGACAUACUGCCUGAUGGUACGCCGUGCAUACAAGGAUUCUGUAAUAAGGGUGUAUGCGAGAAAACAAUUCAAGACGUGGUGGAACGCUUUUGGGACAUAAUAGAAGACAUCAAUAUUAACAACGUGUUGGGUUUCCUUCGUGACAAUAUAGUGGGCGUGGUCGUUUUAGUCACCGCCUUCAUAUGGAUACCUGCUAGUUGCGUGAUCAGCUACGUAGAUCGUCGCCGUCAGCGACAACAUCAGAAGUACCUCGACUGGGAGAGACAACACGAUCUCAUUCAUCCUUCAUCGCCACGGAAAAUUAUUCAUACAAGGUUGCCGAAACAAAAGCCACCCGGCAUGAAGACACAAAUCCAAGGCACAAGUCAGCUGUAGAUUUAAGUUUUUCUCAAAACUUACUGAGAAUAAGUGAACAAAUAAAAUACCUUUAAUUAUA